GGAUUGCUGAUUUCGACCUUUAAUGGCGGCUAUCCAAUUAAUCUAAACCCCCGAAUUUCCCUCCUAUUUCAAAUUCUUAAAAUAACCUAAACCCUUACUUCUUUCUGCGCAGUUUUCCCUCCAAAAUUUUCGGACAAAUAUCAACUUUCAAUCCCUAAAUUAGUAAAUUUCAUCUUUCCCUCCGUUUCUUUAUAGAUCUAGUUUACAAAGCCCCUCUAUUAUUCUCUAUCUCUUUCUGAAAAAGUACAACUCGAAACCCUAAUUUUAUUCAAUUUCAAUAAAUUCAAUCAAUCAAGAAAACCCACCAUCGGAAACUUAUAAUCAAAGAUUCUCCUGUUGAUUUCCAUCCAAUUGUAGAAUUAUUUCGUUGGUCGAGUUAAGUUACAUGGAUUUAAGAAAAUCCAUUGGCGGUUGAAAUCGAAAAAUUCCAGUUCUGAUUUCAUUUAGUUGAGUGAAAUUGAAGUAAACACAUCUGUAUUUUCGAUGGAAUCUGAAAGCCCUUCUUCAGAUUUACCCAAUUCUGAAAAGAACCUAAUUGGGUGUUGUGGAGAUUCUGUGUAUGAUAAAACUCUAGUUGAACUAUCUCAAGAUCAAGGGAAUAUUUUUGAUGUUUCCCAAACCACAGAUAUGGGAAAUUCUUGUUUUGAUCUCCCUGAUGAAAAUCUGGAUUUCCAAGAUUCUGAAAAAAUUGACGGUUCACAAAAAUUGGAGGAUACCCAAUUUACCAAAGCAGCGAGUAAAUUAUCUUUAAUCGACAUGAAAGAUGACGGUAUUACAAACAUUACAGUGGAUCACUUUCGGAAGCAUUCAUGGAAAAGAGAUUAUUCCAGUGAACUUGAAAAAUGUUCGGUGGGGGCAGGUCUAUAUAACCUUGGGAAUACAUGCUUUUUGAAUGCUGUUAUGCAGUGUUUUACACAUACUGUUGUUUUAGUCCAAGGAGUCAUGUCACUCAAACAUGAGGCUUCAAGUCAUGGUGUUGGUGAAUUUUGUGUGCUUUGUGCGGUACGUGACCAGAUCGAGCAUGCGAUUCUGAAUUCAGGGCGAGUAAUUUCACCAUCCUACCUUGUGGAUAACCUGAGCAAUAUUUCAUCUUCUUUUCAGAGAUACGAGCAAGAAGAUGCCCAUGAAUUUUUACAAUGUUUAUUGGAUAAGCUUGACAGUAAUUGGUUGAAGUAUGAGGCAGUUGCAAUUGAUGCCUCAACCUCUGAUAAUUCAUCAUUUUCUGAUCAUACAUUGGUGAAGCAGAUUUUUGGUGGUCGUCUUGUAAGCCAGGUUCAUUGCUGUAAAUGUGGUCAUAAUUCUGAUACUUUAGAACCUCUAAUUGACUUGAGUUUGGAGAUUGAGGAUGUAGAUAGUCUUGAAAGUGCGUUAGAAUCCUUCACGAAAGUGGAAUGUCUUGAAACUUAUACAUGUGCCAGUUGUAAGGAGCAAGUUCAGGCUGAGAAGCAGCUGCUAUUGGAUCAGGCUCCGUCUGUUGCUGCCCUUCAUUUGAAAAGGUUUAAGAGUGAUGGUGCAUAUGUUGAGAAAAUUGACAAGAUGGUUGAUUAUCCAUUGGAGCUAGACUUGGCCCCCUACACCAAGGGAUCUAAUGAUGGAAAUGAAUAUAAGUAUGAAUUAUUUGCAGUAGUUGUACAUGUUGGAUAUUCAUCCAAUUCAGGGCACUACUUCAGUUAUAUCCGUUCAUCUCCUGACGAAUGGUAUCGGUUUGAUGACUCAAAGGUCUCUAGGGUUGAUGGAGAACAAGCUUUACGUGAAGACGCCUACAUUCUUUUGUAUGCUAUGAAAGGGACACCAUGGUUCAGUAGUAUGAUUGAGCAGUGGAAAGAAAUUUCUCGUGAGAAGAUUCUGAGCACUUCUCCAACGUCUGUUCUGUACACGGACCUUCCAUCUACUUCAUACCCUAUUGAGACACGUCUCUGUGGUUUUGAGCCACACAUAAAUUUCAAUGCUCUCUGUGACCCUUCUACUGCACCCGCCACUGAAAGUGGUCUAAAACAAGGUGGGGAUACUUGUAUUGGGGCUGCAACCAAGCUAAUUGAAAACUCUGAUGUAACCAAAGCUGAUGAUGGUACUUGGGAAUUUUCAGUAACUAAUCAAAUCCCUGCUUCGUUUUCGAGUGUGUCUACCGAUAAUACGGUGAAGGAAGAUAAAGCUGAGCUUGAAUAUCCAUCGAUGGAAGAUAAUGGUUGCUCUAUGACAGUUGGUGAUACUGAGCAAACUAGGGUCGGAAUGUGCACUCCUUCACAAGUACCGAACAAUUUUGAUGUUGAGCACAAAAAUGAUGUAGGCACAAUCACACCUUCAACUCCUGUAAGAUCUAUAAGUCCGGAUAUAUACUCUGAUGAGGAGCCUGCAGAAACAGCGUAUGAUAUUCCAGUCGAUCAUCUGAAAAUAAAACCCAAGUCGUCGUCAGCUAAGUCAGUCAAGAACAGUAAACAGGAUCACAAAAGGAAGGAAGCUAUCAAAUAUCUUUCGAAGUCUGCAUAUGGUGUUGGUAGGCGUCAUUGCCUUAUGUCUGCUAUUCAUACGCAGAGUUCAAGUUCGUCUAGCAAGAAAAGAAGAAAACAAGCUUCACUUUACAACAGUAAACCGUCUCCCAAGAAGCGGGUUAAAAUCAGUCCAAAGCACGUCCAGCAGCCGUUGACAGUUUAGAACAGUAGGCGAUGGGUUUUGGUGUGCAUGAUUAGUUGUGGUAAAUUGCCUCUUAGCAUAGGCUGAUAUGCUAACAUUCUGCAUACUCUAAGAUUGGUUAUAUAGUAACUUUCUGUAUAUGGCCCUCUUUCCUGGGCAUGUUGAAGUGGAUCUUGCAGCAUACUUAUAUUUUGAAAGGAUGGCAUUCAUCUUCUUAUAGGCGGAAGAAUGUUGGAUAUGCAUUACGUGUCGAAGUUCAUGCCAUUAGAAAGGUGAAAGGUCUGCAAUAAGCGAAUAACCUUGAAAUGUUGAGCAUCCCAUGGCUUAAGCAUGCUACGUUUACAUUUGAGAACAUGUAUUUAUUCUAAGUACUGAAUCAUCCCAUGGCCAAUGCUCACAUAAUUGUUCAUACUUAAGGUGUGUUAUUCUUAUUUAGCUAGCUUGGCAAAAACUCGGUUUGGUUCGAAGGAUAAGGCUUAAGGGGUGCUCCACAAUAUCAACACUGCAACGGUUGGUGUAUAAUGUAUUCAUGUGAGCAAUUUCUGUCUUUUUGAGUUUGCUACUAAAAAGGAAAAUUUUUUUCUUAACA